AUGGCGUCCGCAUGGCGGGUGGUGGCUUUCUUCGUGGUCGUGUUCCUAGUGCCAGCGCUGCUCAUCACGCUGCCUCUGUACGCGCGCUACACGCUCUACCCAACACGCUACCUCGCCCUGUCUCCCUCCGAUACUUUAGACCUGCACUACAUGGCCUCUACCUUCUGGUGCCAGGGUCAGAGGCUGAGCGGCAACGGGACGUUUGACGCCUACCUUCUGGACGAGGCGCCCAAGCCUGACAAGCGCAGGGUGCGCGUGACGCAAGAGUCGCCGGUGCUCGAGAUCAGCGAAGAACUGCCCUCUCUCAGGACGCUGCAUCUCGUCAAGGGCUCCACUUUCGCCCUCGACGUGUGUGCCAAAUGGGAUGGAGGUGUUAUCAUUGUCGUCCGGGGUGAGAAAAAUCUCAAAAAAUGUUUCUAUGAAGAAGUUAAAGACUGGGAUGACUUGCUACCUGACAAGACUCAGCACGGCAAGCCUGCCAAAGUUACCCCUGAACAAGCAGUCAACGGAGAUGACCACGUGAAAGUAAACCCCAAGUUCCCUCCUUCGGACACGUCAAAGGCGAAGCCACCAGUUGAGCCCGCGCUUCCUAUAGGAAUCUCGGACGUUGUCAGCGACGAUGAUGACGAGGCCGAUGCGAGAGAAAUUUUUGAUGAAGAGAAACUUGGUGGCACGCUCUAUGAUAACGAUGAAACAUGGGUGCUGGAUCACAGUGGCCGCAAGGUAGAAGCUACUACAAUACGACUUCUGGAUGUUUCUCCACCUUAUACUUUCUCGACUAGAAGAACCACGAGCGUUGAGAAAAUAUCCUCAGUGAGAGCGGAUGAACCUGAAGUUGCUUCACCGAGUGAGUCCAGCACCACGAGACAAUCUACGCCGGUAGCGCAAACUGAUAUUCGUUCGUCUACAGUAUCAGUUUCAUUCAACUCAAGCAAUUCUGAAAAACACGAACAAUCGAUGCCGCUAAAUAUAUCGAAUAAGAAAGUUGAAGAAGAAGAGCACAUAAUUGACGAUUUCGAUGAUGGAGACGCAACAGUCCGGCUCUUGAGAUCAGUGAGAGCAGUUACGUCUUCCGGGGAACACUCAAGAACGUCAGACGCCAUAGACGAAUUGGACGAGAAGGCAAAACUUGAGCUGUUACACAGCGUUGUCGAUACUGUCGAUGUGACUGCAGGGAAUUCUUCGCACUCCAGCAGUGAAGAGUUCAUGGCAAAAUGCACAGACACUAUCAUUUACGCUGACAUUCAAAGAACAUUUAACUGUUCUUCCAAAGAUUUAAGCGUUAAUCCUAAAUGGAGAUUCAAGAUAAAUUCCACAGAUGAUUACUACUUCAUAUUCUUAUCCGACAACAGUAUAGAAAUGAACUUGAUGAAAUAUUACUUACAAGUGAGUAGAGUAAUGUACAAAGUUUCGGACUAUGAAGACUUUUGUAAUAGUACAUCUGAGUGUGCGUUUCCAUUGUCUUUUCUCGGAUCCGAAGCUGUUGUAAUCGAGAUGGCAGAGCCAGACUAUUCAAGCAGUGAAGAAGUUUUUAGUUCCGUUAAAAAAUUUGAAGUGCAGGCCGUAUGUCAGCCAAGAGUUGCAGUUUAUUUAAUUUUUAUUUUGAUGGUUCCAUUCAUAAUCCUACUUUUCGCCUUCCAGUGAACAAUUAAAAGAAAGCCUUCUUGGAAAACAAAGGCUUCUUACCUGAGGCAUUCUAUCAUCAUAGGGAUGAAAUAUUUAAAUAUUUGAUUUUAUUUCUAUAUUUAUUAUUUGAAACGUCCUGAAAAAACAUCUACGGAGAAAUUUGGGGUCUCGAAUCUUUAGUCACCUUAUCUAUUUAUUCCCAGACGACAUUUCAUCAGAUUUUUAUCAAAACUCCUGUUUCUCUCUCUGACUCACUUAAGUUCUAAAAAUGAAUUAUUUAAGGAUUGGAAAGUGGAAGGGGUUAUAGUUUCAUCACAUUUUUAAAGCAUGAAAAUACAUCCAACCAGACUUCGUGGUUGGCUUCGAUAAUAAUUGUGAUCAACGGUAAUUAAUAUUAUGUUGUAGUUGUUGAAGGCUCAUGUGAAGAACAAUGUUUAGAUUCGUAUAAUGUUUCUAGUCUCGUGUUUAUAUUGCCGAUAUGAUAUAAAAACCUGAAUACAUUGAUAAUAUUUAUAUGAUAAUUCUGACUUUCGAAAAUCAAUACGGUAUAUUUCAUUUAGCAUUGAUGAUCAUCAAUGUCACAUUUCUGAAUUUUCCGUUACAAGAUAUUUCUUCCUCUACCCAAAUGGAUCAUCACUAAAGCUAUAAAUUUAUGAAUAAGUUGACUUGCGUUGUGUUACAGGAAAAUUAUUAUGGCAAUAUACUCCCUAGGAAUAUGGUAGGGAACUCUUUAUUGCAUGCCAACAAUUAUGGAAUCAAAUUCUUUUUUAGAGACUUUAUUAAAAUUGUUUAUAAAAAUUUAGUUCUACAAGAGAUGUGUCUAUUAGUACCUAUAUUGAUAAUUACAUUAUAUUAUGCGUGCAAUUUAGACAGAUAAUUAGGUUUAAUAUUAGUUCACUAAGUUAUCAAACACUGGCCUUUAUCAUUAAUACCUGAUGUAAAGUUCAUCCGUAUCUGUAAAUACUGGCUGUGAAUAUAUCAUGUUUGUAGGCGCCCAUACAGCGUUAUGAACGCACGAUUACAGGACUCGCCUCUAAGGUGGGCGUGGCUUAAACUAUGUGGUUGGUGGCUUGUGGCGCCUUGUUUAGAAUAGAAUAGAAUA